AUGUCCUCGAUCGUGCGUAAAGUGAUCUCCACUAAGAAGUGCCCGAAAGCAUUGGCACCGUACAACCAAGCCAUCGUGGCUGACCGCACGGUGUACUGUUCCGGUGUUCUCGGUAUGGAGCUGGAUACGUUAAAAUUGGUACCGGGCGGUGCUGGAGCACAAACGGCAAAAGCACUUGAACAUUUGACCAACCUGCUGUCCGAGGCGGGAUCCGGAAUUGAUAAGGUUGUCAAAACGACCGUCCUGCUUGGCGAUAUGAACGAUUACGCCACCGUAAACGAGGAGUACAAGAAAGUUUUCAGCGGCAGCUUCCCAGCCCGAACAUGUUACGGAGGCGUCAAGUUGCCCCUCGGUGCUGCCGUGGAGAUAGAGGCCAUCGCGCUGACCGGAGCUGUGGUAAACAUUUCCGAAUGA